AUGAUAUCCGAUCUUCCAAGGGAUUUGGCGGAGGAGGUGCUCUCAAGGCUUCCGGUGACAUCUCUAAGAGGAGUGCGAUUUACCUGCAAAAAGUGGAACAGUUUAACGAAAAAUCAGAGCUUGCAGAUCGGUAAUAAGCAGAGGACGGAGUUUCAAGUGGUCAUGUUGCUCGAAGAUAGAGCGUAUAGGCAAACUCCUCUAUUCGACAGGUACGCUCUAGGAUACGAGAAGAAGAACAAGAACAAGUACUCGCUCCGUGGUGGCUACAAAGUGUUGAGAUUUAUGGAUGAUUACGACUCGAGCGUGAAGAAACGAAUCACUGAGUUUGAAAUCUACAGUUUAGAGUCUGAUUCGUGGAAGGUUGUUCAUGUGAAUCCGGACUGGGAUAUUGAGUGGUUUCAGCGUGGCGUGUCUCUCAAGGGAAACACCUACUGGUAUGCUCAAGAGAAGGUUCCAGUGGUAGCACAAGGAAGAGCGAGAGAUAUAUCAGAUCAGCGUGAUUUCUUACUCUGCUUUCAGUGCUUUGAUUUCACAACGGAGAGAUUUGGACCGCGCCUGCCUCUGCCUUUCCACUCCUUUGGAGAAAUAGUGACUCUAUCUAGUGUUAGAGAAGGUCAGCUUGCGGUGUUAUUUCAGAAAAUUGGUGGACUAGCAUUAUACACCCUCAAGAUAUGGAUCAGUAGCAAGAUUGAUAUAAACCCAUUCACCGGUUUUCAGUUUCUUAAAAUUGGUGGGAGUUUCUUCGUUGACGAGAAGAAGAAGGUCGCGGUGGUUCUCGAUGUAGACAGAGGUAGAUCUUGCCUCACACGUAACACGGCCUACAUGAUUGGCGAAAAUGAUUACUUCAAAAAAGUGGAUCUCGGACAUUGUUGGCCACUUGUGUGCUCUUAUGUUCCAAUCUCAGUGCAAAUCAAGCAAGCUUCACCACCAAGCAACAAGAAGAACACACCCUAA